AUGGACGAUCAUCAGGCAAUCGAGAUCGUCCAACCGAAUGAUGCGGCGGUUCGAACGGACACAGCCAGAUCCGAUGCCAGCAUGACCGUAGAAGAACUGACUGAUAGGGUUACUCGCUGGAUUAGCCGCCUACAAGAGGAAAGACCAACAGGCUUCCUAGCCGCCGGGACCUCGCGUCACUCCAUCUUUAGGAGCCCCAUGCCUCUUUAUAGGGACAAUCCUAUUCCUAUGCCCGUAGAGCCUAAUCCUAUUCUUGGAGAGCCCAUUCCUCUUUAUCCUAUUCCUAUGCCUGUAGAGCCUAAUCCUAUUCUUGGAGAGCCCACUCCUCUUUAUGGGGACAAUCCUAUUCCUAUGCCCGUAGAGCCUAAUCCUAUUCUUGGAGAGCCCAUUCCUCUUUAUAGGGACAAUCCUAUUCCUAUGCCCGUAGAGCCUAAUUCUAUGCCCGUGGAGCCUAAUCCUAUUCCUGGAGAGCCCAUGCCUCGUUAUAGGGACGGUCCCAUUCGUAUGCCCGUAGAGCCCGAGAUCGCAUCCGUAGGCCCGUACCGUAGGGGCGCACGCCAGGUGCACCCCCGCGCGCCUCUCCAUAGGAACGAUCCCAUCCUUGUGGCCGUGGAGCCCGAGAUCGUAUCUAUAGGCCCAUACAACAGGGGCCCGCACCAGGUCCAGGUGCUCGAGUUUGAACAGCUUAAGCCGCUCUUCCUCCAGAGCUUCCUCCGCCGCACGCGGUCGAGCUUCGAGCGUCUGACGAGAGCGGUGGAAGAAGAGGAGAGCUCUGCCCGGAGUCGCUACUCGGGGCACGUGGAUGUGACGAGGGCCGACUUCUUGCGGAUGAUGCUGCUCGACGGUUGCUUCGUGUUGGAACUCCUGCUCGGCUUCUUCGAGUGCGGCGAUGCGACCGACGUAGACAGCCCCAUCUUUACACGGCCCCAGAUAAUCCCGAUUCUCAUCAGGGACUUACUGAAGCUCGAAAACCAGAUUCCGUACUCCCUUCUCCUGUCAUUGUUUGACGCGUCGGCUUCAUACAAGUUAAUAGGGGCAGAAGACUCUUUGGCCACACUCGCAUUGAAGUUGUUCGAUCAGGCCUAUCCGAGAUCCAUGGCGCGUCCCAGAUCUAGCCGGAAUCUUGAAUGCGAGCAUCUACUUGACCUGUUUUACUCGAGUCUCUAUCCGACAAGCAGGGUCCACCCCAACCGCACGAAGGAGUACUGGCCACCGUCUUCUCUGUCCGUGCCGUGUGUGACCGAGCUUAGGCCCUCCGGAAUCAAAUUCAAGUCCAGGAGGAAGGCAGACAGCUUGCUGGACAUAAGUUUCCGGAAACGGGUACUCCAGAUACCAUGCAUCGCGAUGGACGACUUCAUGACCACCGUGCUGAUAAACUGCGUGUACCUGGAACAAUGCUGGGGAAACGGAUCCAAGUACAUGACUGAUUACGUCUACUUCAUGCACUGCCUCAUCAAACAGCCCAAGGACGUGUCGCUCCUCCGUUCAGAUGGGAUCAUCGCACCAUUUUCUCGUGAUGACCACUAUGUGGCUGAUCUGUUCGAUAAGCUUGGGAAGAGCAUUUCUUUCGAUCUUCAUGACUGUUUUCUGUCCCAGCAGUUCCAGGAACUGGAAUCGUACUACCGCAGCGACUGGGCGAACAUGAUGCGCACUUACUUUUCCAGUCCGUGGUCAUCCAUAUCGGCCUUCUCGGCUUUCUUAGCCCUGGUUCUCAGCAUCACACAGACCGUUUUUGCUAUACUUGCUUAUCGCUCCCAGCGCUAGGAUUUGUUGUUUAGCAGAUGGGUGUCGGUCAGGAUAUUGUUCAUUCUACAAAGCAGAAAGAGGGACUCACCUUUUCGUCACUGUUAAUGUACUACAUUUUCUGCCCUAAUGAAGGUGCUUCGCCCGAAGAGCAGGGGAUGCCAAUCAUAGACUGUAGGAAAAUGUGGGGACUAAUGGGGCUGUGAUUGCUUGUUGUUCUUCUGUUUUGGGGUUGUGAUCGGUUGUUAUAGUUGCAUUUUAGAGCUUUAGAUUGCUUCUUGUAGUACGCGCUGUGACCAUUGGCUAGUGGCUAGGUCAAGGGGAUCAGUGGGGUUUUAGCUCAUCUGUGGUUGGCUCUUUUUGUAAGCAAUUGAGUUUAUUUGUUUUGUAAGCUCAGUUUUAGUAACGCAAAUAACUAAGUUCGAUGAAUCCAAGUGUUUAAUGAUGAGUUUUGCUUGAUGAUGCUGCUGUUA